ACGAGAGCCACUAACAAUGAGACACGGCGCGUUCUUUUAUAAAUACCAACGACUGUAUAGCCUUGCCAAGUAUUUCCUUCCUUUACUCUCACCACCAUCACUUUCAAGCAAGUAAAGACAAUCGUUUCUCCAUCAAAAUGGUUUCCAACACUCGUUCCGUCAUUUUUGGCCUGAUGCUCAGUGCCGCACAGCUCUCAAGCGCUUCGCCAGCUGCUGUCUCUGACACUGCUUUCUCAUCUCCUAUCUACCCAACAGCCACUGACUCCAUUCCUCCUCUUCCCUCCUCUACCGACGAAUGUCUUGCGAAAUGUAACGAGGCUCGCGAUAAGUGCAACACUGCACCUGACGCCAACCACGCAACUUGCGCUGCCAACUACGCCGAGUGCGUCGGCUACUACCCAUAUGACAAGAAGGGAACAUAUGUCCCUCCUACUGCUUGCUCCCACUCUUCCAAGCCUACUGCCACCGAGACAGCUAAGGCUGAUGAGUGUGUCGAGAAGUGCGACAAGGCUCACGAUGCAUGCAACACGGCACCCGAUGCCAACCAUGCAACCUGCGCUGCUCAGUAUGCCGAGUGUCUUGGGUACAACCCUUACGAUAGCGGAUCUCUCGUUGCCCCUACAGCCUGCUCCCACUCCGCCAAGCCUACCGGCACCCAUAGUGCCACCGCCACUGCAUCUGCACAUGCUGAUGAUUGCCUCGAGAAGUGCAACAAGGCUCACGAUGCAUGCAAUGUAGCUCCUGAUGCCAACCACGCUACCUGCGCCGCCAAGUGGGCUGAGUGCCUUGGCUACAACCCUUACGAUGGCCCCGGUGGCUCUCUUGUUGAGCCCACGGCUUGCGCUGCCGCUACCACUAUGGCUUCUGCUACUGGCAAACAUACUGGCAUGGAGACCUCCAAGCCUGCUAGCACUGAAGCUUCCAAGCCUGCCAAGUCUGAGCCUGCUGUUGUUGUCAACGGAGCUGGAAGCCUGUCGGGCAAGGUCGCUGGCUUGGCUGGCGCCAUUGGCGCCGCUGCUGUUGCUCUUCUCUAAGUCCUUAUUGCCUUCCUUGAACUCGUUCGUACUGUCCAAGACCAUGUCACAAUUGGAGCUUAUCUUAUCCAACCCAUGGCCAAGCUGGAGUAGCUGUGUACAGCCAUGCCGAUGAGAUAUUACCGGGCUCAAGAUUAGACGAAGGUCUUUAAUAUUAGCUUAGACAAAUUAUAAAUCUAAUUCAAUUUUUUAUUUGCUUA